AUGAUUUUGGAGUUCUUGAGAGCUGAAAAUUUAUACUUAUGGGUACUUAAUGGUAUUAUUAGCAUAAUAGAUUUUUUUAUAUUUAAAUUGAUUAAUAAUAAAUAUUGAUAAUCAGCAUUAUACUAAUGCAGAAUAUUCAUAAAAACAAAAGAAUUCAACGUGAAAGAUUUUUGCUGAAUGCUGAAAGACGAAAUUUUCUGGAAAAAAACUAUUGAAAUUCUAAAGCAGAGAAAUUAUUAUUUUGCCGAAAUUUGAAGUUUCGGGAUUUUUCACAACGAUAUUAGCAUUAUUCGUGAGUUAAUGAGCAUGAACAAGCAGAUUUCAACAGAGCUUGGGCGAUUUUUUGAUUCAUCAAUAAUAACAACUGACAAAGGAGACUACAUUCAUUUAGAGUAUGAUCCAUUAAUAAAUACAAGAGCCCAUAAAUUGGGGAAAAAUCCAAGAAUAGCCAAUAUAGAAUUUAAAAAUUCUUAUAGAGCCUUUUUAGAAUUACUAUAUACCAUUUUAUGUAUAAUGAAAUCUCUGUUUGCAAAUAAUCAGCAGCGAAUAUAGAGGAAAAAAAAUCAUUAUAAAUUAUAUUUUCUAUUAAAUAUGAUAUGUGAAAAAGGAAGCCUUGAUAUUUCAGAUCAACUCUGCUUUGUCCAAUAUUUAGCUUACCAAGACCGCAUUUCUGAAGCUAAAGAAAUUUUUGGCACAAUCCCUCUCCAUCCUUCAACUGAAAAGCCUGGCUCAUCAUAUUUGCAAAUCCAAUAUGAUUACUUUUGCUGCUAUUUUGACCCUGAAAUGCUGCCCAUAAUAUCAGCUUUAUAUGAAAAUUAUCCAAUAGAAUCAUGGAGAAAAUUAUUCAACGAAGCAGCCAAAUUUUCAAGAGAAACUCAAGACCAAGAUAUUUCUAUACUUGACCCUCAAGAAAAAGAGCCUACAUUGAUGUUUUCUAUAGAAAAAGAUUACAUAAGUCUGCAGUACAAAUGGGUUAAAGCAUGCAAAAUCCGAUUUUAUCGAGUUGAUUUAGAAAUCUUAUUCUCAAAAAAUCCAUUUUUCAUUGGAAAUUCUCAACAUUUUAAAUACGUUAAGCCAUAUUUUGAUAUAGAAAUAAAUUUGCAAGAUGAUGGAGAAGCAAAAAUAAAAAUUCCUGAGCUGCUUAUAGGGCAAAAUAUUGUUAUUGAAAUUGAUUAUGGCGUGUAUACAGUGUCGAAGUCUCAUUUUUCUGCGAAUUUAAAAUUCAAUUUGAUUGAGAGGUAUGGGAUUAUUAAAAUUAUGAAUGAAAAUUUGGCACCGAUAGCAGGAGCUUAUAUAAAAGUGUUUGUAAAGCAGAAAAUCGGAGAUAUUAAGUUUUAUAAGGAUGGGUAUACAGAUAUAAAAGGAAAAUUUGAUUAUGUGUCGCUAAAUGUUAAUAAGAUAUCAGAAGCUGAACGAUUUGCAAUUUUAGUAGUCGAUGAAGAGCUUGGAUCUUUGGUUUUGGAAGCAAAUCCACCUCCUCAAUAA